AUUUGGUCUUUCCUCUAUAAUUAGCAGUUAAGAAUUUCCAUUACUUCCUUUUCUGAGCAUCCUUAUAAACGAACCAAAGCAGCCUGUUCGUCCCAGAUCCACUCCACUACCGCCUGUGCCAUCAUGCAACUCAGUGCCCACCUGCUGCUGGCAGUAACUGCUCUCUGCUGCUUUGCCAGCAUAUUUGCCUUGCCUAUGGAGGGAGCUGUCAUGGAUCACGACUGCCGCUGUUUAAACACCGUGAGCUCCCAAAUCAACUCGCAACGGUUUCAAAGAAUUGAGAUCUUGCCUCCCGGGUCACACUGCCGCAACACUGAAAUUAUAAUCACUUUAAAGGACAAAAAAUUAGUGUGUGUGGACCCUGAGGCAAACUGGGUCCAAAAAAUCAUCAAUAAAUUCAUGAAAAGGAGAUCCAUAAAGCAAUGAGAAGUGCCAUCUGUGCAGCUUGAAGAGGACUGAACGGUUUCUCUUCACUCAAAAUGAAAGCAAAUGCAGAAUGUGAUGUGAUAAAGCCAAAUUUAUGCUGAUUAAAUGAUUUUAAACAUUUAUUUUUCUUCUAAAACGCAACCACACUGUUGAAAAUGGCUUCUGCAUAAACGGCUACCAAUAAAGUGAUUGUGAAUACGACAAA